AUGGACACUCGUACUAUGGUUCUUUAUCCAUUUCUCCUGGGUGUGGCUUCACAUCUGGGCUGGUUCAUGCACGGCGAGCAUCACAAGUUGACUCUCCGAUACUUUCAAGCUCUUUUAGGACUCCCGCCUCUUGCCCUGAUGUUACUCAUAUUUCGAGCAUGGCCUUUCUCUACCGCCUUGAUGUCCACUUUCCGGUUCACCAACGCAUAUCUGACGGGACUUUAUGGCAGCCCCCCUUUGGCCAAAUACUCGGAAUUAUGGCACGUUUGGACUGCUACACAAAGAACCCGGAAUUUUGAAGAUAUAGAUGAUCUCCAUGCCAAAUACGGCGACUUUGUCAGAAUAGGACCUUCAGAACUCUCUGUCAUUCAUCCCGAUAGCAUGGAACUCGUUCAUGGACCCAACUCGAAAUGCACAAAGGCGGAAUGGUACGAUAAUUCACCUGGACUGACGUCUUUGCAUCAAACGAGGUCCAAGAAGUUGCAUGACCGAAGGCGGCGGACAUGGGCCCGAGGAUUCAGUGCUCAAGCUCUCCGAAAUUACGAACCUCGAGUCGACGUAUACACGGACAGUCUAGUAAAGCAGGUCGAGGCACAUUCAGGCCAACCGCUAGACGUAUCUCGAUGGUUUAACUACUACAGUUUCGACGUCAUGGGUGACCUAGCGUACGGAAAGUCGUUCAGCAUGUUGGAGACCGGCAAAUCCCACUGGGCGAUCGACGUGCUCAAUGGAGGAGUCGCCCACGUUGGCACCAUUGGACAAUCGACCUGGCUUACUCGCCUAUUCGCUCAAAUGCCCAUCAUCACGCGCGAUUUCCAGCGUUUCCUGGUCUUUUGCGAAGAUAUGAUCAAUGAACGAGCCAAACAGGAGAAAGAACUACCAGAUAUCGCGACAUGGAUCUUACAGAGUCCGAAGAUGGAAAACAGUGGCUACUCUGAACAGGGAUGGUUGACGGGUGAUUCACGACUGAUCAUCGUCGCGGGAAGUGAUACCACUGCUUCUACGUUGACUUAUCUGUUCUAUCAUCUCGCCGAGGAUCCUGAACGAGUCAAGAAGCUUCGUCACGAAGUCGACGCCUUGGACGGCGAUUUCAGCUCUAUCGCUCUGGAAAAGCUAGAGUAUCUCAACGGAUUGAUCAAUGAGACCUUACGCCUGCAUCCCCCGGUACCAUCUGGCGUGCCUCGCAAAACUCCUCCCGAAGGUAUGCAAAUCGGCUCGACGUUUGUUCCAGGAGGAGUCACUGUCAAGAUCCCUUACUACACGAUCCAACGAGAUAAUCGCAACUUUGAACAUGCUCUAGAAUUUAUCCCUGAGCGAUGGUGCGAUACAUCGAUCAAAGACCAAAACCAUUCGGCAUAUGCACCUUUCUCGCGAGGUCCUUACUCAUGCAUCGGCAAACAAUUGGCAUUGAUGGAAAUUCGCGCCGUCACGGCACGGAUGAUGUCAAAGUUGGACGUUUCUUUUGGGCCCGGAGAGGAUGGAUCAAAUUUGGUGAACGAAACGCAUGACUGCUUCACUUUGCAUCUUGCGCCACUGAAUUUGAAGUUUGAGGAUCGGAAAUGA